GGGGCGGGGGCGGGGCCAGGACGGGCGUCCGGAGCCCCAGCGAACCCGCCGCCGGCGCCCCGCGCCCCGCGCCCCGAGCCGCCGCCAUGGGGGCCUGCCUGGGCGCCUGCUCCCUGCUCAGCUGCGCGUCCUGCCUCUGCGGCUCUGCCCCCUGCAUCCUGUGCAGCUGCUGUCCCUCCAGUCCUAACUCCACCGUGACCCGCCUCAUCUUCACGGCCUUCCUCUUCCUGGGGGUGCUGGUGUCCAUCAUCAUGCUGAGCCCUGGUGUGGAGAGUCAGCUCUACAAGCUGCCGUGGGUGUGUGAGGAGGGGGCCGGGACCCCCGUCGUCCUGCAGGGCCACAUCGACUGUGGCUCCCUGCUCGGCCACCGCGCCGUCUACCGCAUGUGCUUUGCGACGGCAGCCUUUUUCUUCCUCUUCACCCUGCUCAUGCUCUGCGUGCGCAGCAGCCGGGACCCCAGGGCUGCCAUCCAGAACGGAUUUUGGUUCUUUAAGUUCCUGGUCCUCGUGGGCAUCACCGUGGGCGCAUUCUACAUCCCUGACGGCUCCUUCUCCAACGUCUGGUUCUACUGUGGUGUCGUGGGCUCCUUCCUCUUCAUCCUCAUCCAGCUGGUGCUGUUCAUCGACUUUGCGCACUCCUGGAACCAGCGGUGGCUGGGCAAGGCCGAGGAACGUGACUCCCGGGCCUGGUAUGCAGGCCUCUUCUUCUUCACCCUCCUCUUCUACACGCUGUCCAUUGCGGCCGUGACGCUAUUGUUCAUCUACUAUACCCACCCCGGCCCCUGCUACGAGGGCAAGGUCUUCAUCGGCCUCAACCUCACUCUCUGUGUCUGCGUCUCCAUUGUCGCCGUCCUGCCCAAGGUCCAGGAUGCCCAGCCCAACUCGGGUCUGCUGCAGGCCUCCGUCAUCACGCUCUACACCACAUUUGUCACCUGGUUGGCCCUGUCCAGUGUCCCUGACCAGAAAUGCAACCCUCACCUGCUGACCCACUUGAGCAACGGGACGAUCCUGGCAGGCCCCGAGGGCUACGAGACUCACUGGUGGGAUGCACCGAGCAUCGUGGGGCUCAUCAUCUUUAUCCUGUGCACCGUCUUCAUCAGUCUGCGCUCCUCGGACCACCGGCAGGUUAACAACCUGAUGCAGACAGAGGAGUGCCCGUCCGCGCUGGAGGCCACGCAGCAGCAGCAGGUGGCGACCUGCGGGGGCCGGGCCUUCGACAAUGAGCACGAUGGCGUCACCUACAGCUACUCUUUCUUCCACUUCUGCCUGGUGCUCGCGUCCCUGCACAUAAUGAUGACGCUCACCAACUGGUACAGACCCGGCGAGGCCCGGAAGAUGAUCAGCACGUGGACGGCCGUGUGGGUGAAGAUCUGUGCCAGCUGGGCGGGGUUGCUCCUCUACCUGUGGACCCUGGUGGCCCCCCUCCUCCUGCCGAACCGAGACUUCAGCUGAGGCGGCCCCUGCAGCCUGCCCGCUCGGAGUCUCCGGGCUCAGUGAGUCUGCCACGCUGAGCCCCUACCCCUACCCCCCUCCAGGACUCGCCUCUGAGCUGGGCCCCCUGUUCUUAGUGCCUUCAGGGAUGAGAUCCGGACCACAGAGCUGCCUCUUCCUUACCUUUGUCCCCUGUCACCUGUACUUCCCCUCUUGGGAAAAAAAAGGGCCCCUUAUGCUCAGGCUCCCCAGGAGAGGGUCCUGAAGGAGAGAAGCACUCAGAGCCACUCGGAGAGUGGGAGCACUCCCCACGAUGGGGUGCCCAGCACUGAGGCCUGGAUAUUCCUGACCACGUCCCCCAGGGCACCCCGCCCCCUUCCCGGACUCCGUGCCUUACCGAGUCUCCAAGACUUUAUGCAAUAAACAAGCCAGUGCACGUGC